AUGAUCCCCAAAGCGUUACUAGCGGCGGUCGUUCUAGCGACGGUGAUACGAGGCUUCUUCGGUGCGAGGAUUCGGGUUACCAACAAGUUAGAGCUCGAGAUGGCGGUGAUAGUGCAUUGCGCAUCCAAGGACGACGACCUCCGAGGCCAGCUCCUCGACUUCAAUGCUACAUACGAGUGGCGUUUCGAGAGGAACUUUUUCGGGGGAACUGUUUUCUGGUGCAACCUGGCGUUUCGAGAUAACCGUCUUUCUUUCACCGCGUACGAUCAGGACAAUCUUUCGUACAUCCUGGACUACGAUGUAAGCAGCGAUGGAGUUUCUGGGGAAGACAUUCGAACCAGCGGCCGACAAGUUCAUGUCUGUUCGUGGAACAGGAAGGUUGUUGCCAACUGA